UCAGAGGGACUGUGACAGUAGUUAUUAUUACUAGUUAUUUAUUAAUUAAAAAUAAUGAAUAUAGUAAAUUCCAUUACGGCACGAGAAACAGGAUUAAAAUACUUUCAAAAUAAUGACAUUGCAUUGUUGCGUUUAAAAUGUUAUCGCGAAGAUGCCUAUCAAGGAGUUUCAGCAAAUGUUAAUGCUGCGGAUUAUAAUCCAAAACCUCCAAUUUUUGCAUGUAAAUUCUCUUCUGCUAACCAAUAUUCUCAAGUAAUAGCUCUUGUAAACGAAGAUGGCAAGCUUGCUUUACAAGAUACAACGGUCAAAUAUGAAUCCCAAGAACCACUGGAAGGAAUUCAGGCUCACAAUAACGCUAUAUUCGAUAUUGCAUGGAUGCCACAAGAGUUAAAACUAAUUACAGCAUCGGGUGAUCUUACCGCUUGUCUAUGGGAUGUUUCAUCAGAAAUGAAACAAUUACAAGUAUUCGCCGGCCACACAAAUUCCAUUAAAAGUGCUGUCUUUAGAAAUCAAGAUAAAGCUGUGUUUGCAACGGGAGCUCGCGAUGGAGCCAUUAUGAUCUGGGACAUCAGAGCUAGUCAUAGUGGUCAGCCCAAACCUGACAAUUUAAUCUUUAAUGCUCAUGAGAUGAAAGUGUCAUGUGGAGGAAAACAACGUAAACUACUAUCGCAAUCUGUUAAGUCCUGUAAAUCUCAAAGUGUCACGGCCCUUGCUUUUCAAGACGAUUAUACAUUAUUCUCAUGUUCUGCGGGAGACGGGUUAAUAAAGGCCUGGGAUCUUAGAAAAAAUUAUACGAUCCAUAAGAAGGAGCCUAUAGCUAAACAUACCAUGAAUUAUGGAGGAAAAAGUAAUACCUACAAUGGCUUUACAUCCCUUUUGAUUUGCCCAUCGGGUAUUACAAUGUAUGCAAGCUGCGUGGAUAAAAAAAUAUAUGCAUACAACUUAUCGUCGUACAAUCCUAAUCCAAUUGCAGAAUAUCAUGGGCAUGGAUCACACAAUAAAAUGUUGACAUUUUUUGUAAAAGCUUGUUUAAGCCCGGAUGGGAAAUAUCUUGCUAGCGGAUCGAAUAAUGAAUCAGGAUACAUCUGGCAUACGAGAAAUCCAGGAAAACCAUUAAUUAGACUCUCCGGUCAUAGAGACGAAGUCACUUGCGUUGCUUGGUGUAAUAGUGGUGAAACAAAGAUCGUCACCUGCUCCGAUGACAGUUGCCAUAGAGUUUGGCGAGUCAGACCGGAAGAAAUUGACGAAGACGAGAAAAUAAAUAUAUUUGGAUACGCAGAGCGCUACGAGCAACAAUCGAACCUGGAAUUAGAAUGCAAUCAACAUCUUCACACUCGUUACAAAAAUGCCAAUCCUAAACUCACUAUUGUCCAAAUUGCUAUUACAGACAGUCCGUCGAAGCUCGGCAUAGCAGAUUUGUCACCGGAGAAUAGAGGACUGAUGAAAUGCACCAGCUCAAACAAGCGCUUACUUUCUUCACCUCAUAAGGAUGCCCGUGGAUGCUCCAAGCGCGCGAACUUGAAUAUUCGAGCGACUCGGGAACUAAAAUUCAGGCCCAAUUGCGAACUGGUCCCAAGUACUUCACCAGCCUCCUUUUCACCAACUCUCGAUCUGCCGAAUUUCGUCGUAGACGGCACAGCGCCUCACUUAUCCAAUUCACCCAAAAAGUUCAAAGAAAACUUGAACUGGCUAACGGAAAUACGAAAGCGAAAAAAUGCUUGUAAAAUAAUAACGGACAACUUUAUCAGUUCAAAAAUUAGUAAAACACCCACGCGUAGAAUAGGUAGAGUGCGAUCGACAGAGUUGAGAAAGAUGUCGAAGAACUCUUCCUGCUUUAUGCCAGCGAUUACGAAUUUUUAUUCGAAUUUAAGCUUGGAAGACGGCAAAGCGACAUCGCUCUGCACAUCAUAAACAUAACGGAGCUUUAAUGCAUUGCUAAUAAA